GUAGAAUUUGCUGAGGAGGAAAGGAACUGUUUUGUUGUUGUCUACGAUUUAUUAGAAACAAUUUAAGUAAAAUCUGAAUAUCCUGAGUAUUUAUUUAGUUUAAGCAAAUACGGGAAGGUAAGAUUAUUAAUUAACAUUUAAUCGUUUUGAAAUCGUUUUUUUUUUUCGUGGCAAAAUGUUCAUUGCUGCCAGCGUUCGCUGUGUUGUGGUUGUGAUGAUGGCCUAGCUACUAUAACGUUAGCUAUCUAGCGGUAGCUAACAUUCUAGCUAGCGAUGCCUAUUUGAAAUUAAUUUGAAAGUCGAUAGCUAGAUUUGAUACCUAUCAGAGUAUGGAAAUAAAUAGGUCGAUAACUAACUAGUUACCUUAGAACCGAGUGUUGAACAUGUGUUAACCUCCCCCUAACACCGAAAUGUAACUAGCUAACGUUAGCUAAGCCUACUAGUUAGCUUUGUAGCUAGAUAACUUAAUUGGUAUUUGUUGGUCGUCCAAAUUUACCACCGCAACAAAGUCAUUAUGGCUAAAACCUCACAAUCUCUCCUAAAAAUCUGAUUUUAAAUCUAACCCUUAUCCCCAACCAUAUCCCUUGAUCAUGACUCCGUGCCAUUACAUUACACUACACACAAGAGUCAUUGACAUUGGACAAAGCCGUCUUCUAUAGGGGGAGGUUUGUUAAGAGCAGCCACGCUCGGUCUGAACAUGAACACGCAUAGCUUGCGAUACUGUUUUGGAAGCAUAAGGAGUAUCGUUCAUAUCGGCGAGAAAGAAAAUAAAACGUUAAAUUGAUGCACACCUUUUAUGGGUUUGGGGUUCCCACGCGGCCAUAUUUCCAUGUUACAGCGCUUGUUUAUGAAAACAGAUGGAAGACGGAGUGGACUACGUGUGCUAAUUGGCUAUCUGCGUCUCCGAACACCUGUGUGUAAACGGGAGACAGAUGCUACAAUGGCGUUGUCAGCUUCAACUGUGUUAAAACGGUGUAGAGUAAAUGUGUAUUUUGUAUUUGGAAAAUACUUUUUUUGUGAUAUGAAAGUAGUGAUUUCUGUUUCUAGACCUGUACUGUAAUUGAGAAUCGAAUCCAGAGCCAAAUGUCACUUUCACAGAACAUGUAAGAUCCUUAGACUAAGGAGUAAAGUUAACGGUAGGCUCCUUUAGUCCAAUAUUCAGUUCGCCUAACCCUAGGAAAUAUGACCAUGUGGGAACCCUAUAAAGGUGUAUAUAAAUGUAACCUUUUGUAUUUUAAAAAUUAUUUGUCAUCGAUAUAAAAGAUAAGGAACGGCUAGCCUACCCUAAAAUUAAGACCAAAAAGCAAAAAAAAAUGUUUUCAUGAAUCUUUACGAUAUAGCCCAUUUUGACUUUGUGGCUGUGGUAACCAGUGACAAUAGUAUUUGUUGUUUUUGUGUAAGUAGCUAGCAACACUAACAAAGUAGUGUAUUUAUUGAUUUUAUUUGACACUUUAAAAACACAAUACAACCACAAAUGUGGAUACAAUGCAUACUUUUUUUUAUAGGAUAACACAAUUGUGGUCCUCUUAAAAAAAAAAAAAAAAAACAUCGACCAUGUUACACAUUCACAGCUAAAAGCUGAAUUGUAUAUAACAUCACCAAAAAGAAUUAAACUAUGCAAAGACCAAAAUAAUAACACAUUUAAAUAGUAGCCUUGCUCCGCCUUGCAAAUCUUUCCAAUGCCUUGCCAUCCUCGCUGAGUUGUUGGGCUAUGUGUUUAUUUGCUAUUCUUACUUUGUUUCAAGUGUAAUUUUACUCUGUUGUAUCCCACCCUUUCAUUGUCAAUUAUCAGAUGUCAGAGGAUUUGUUGAAACAGUUGGCCAGCUACAAAGCACAGUUACAACAAGUGGAAGCCGCCUUAUCAACCGAUCCUGAGAAUGAAGACCUUCUCAAAUUACAGAAAGACUUAUCGGUAACUAGAAACAUGCCAUCAGUGUUAGCCAUUAGAUUUUUUGGUUUUUAUGAGUUUCAGUAUGUUUCUUAGUGUCUCUGUCUUCAAAUGUGAUUAUUAUCUAGGAACGAAAUGACCUCAAUGUUAUGUAUCCUUCACAGGAAGUCAUAGACUUGACAAAAGACCUCCUGACAUCGCAGCCCUCUGAAGGUACUGCUAGUGCCAACAGCUCCGAUGCAGCCCCCCUGAAACACAGCUGGCGCGUUGGGGACAGAUGUAUGACUGUGUGGAGUCAGGAUGGACAGUGAGUGUCACCAGAAGUUCCGCAGUCAAUAUUUAACCAACACUAAACAAAAAUAUAAACGCAACAUGCAACAAUUUCAAAGAUUUUACUGAGUUACCGUUCAUAUAAGGAAAUCAGUCAAUUGAAAUGAAUUCAUUAGUUCCUAAUCUAUGGAUAUCACAUGACUGGGAAUACAGAUAUGCAUCUAUUGGUCCCAUAUGCCUUCAAAAAAAGGUAGGGGCGUGGAUCAGAACCGGUCAAUAUCUGGUGUGACCACCAUUUGCCUCAUGCAGCGUGACACAUCUCCUUCGCAUAGAAUUGAUCAGGCUGUUGACUGUGGCCUGUGGAAUGUUGUCCCACUCUUCAAUGGCUGUGUGAAGUUGCUGGAUAUUGGCGGGAACUGGAACACGCUGUCGUACACGUCGAUCCAGAGCAUCCCAAACAUGCUCAAUGGGUGACGUGUCUGGUGAAUAUGCAGGCCAUGGAAGAACUGGGACAUUUUCAGCUUCCAGGAAUUGUGUACAGGUCCUAGCGACAUAGGGCAGUGCAUUAUCAUGCUGAAACAUGAGGUGGUGGGGGCGGAUGAAUGGCACGACAAUGGCCGUCACGGCAUCUCUGUGCGUUGAAAUUGCCAUUGAUAAAAUUAAAUUGUGUUAGUUGUCUGUAGCUUAUGCCUGCCCAUACCAUAACCCCACCGCCACCAUGGGGCACUCCGUUCACAACGUUGACAUCAGCAAACCGCUCGCCCACAGGAUGCCAUUAACGUGGUCUGCGGUUGUGAGGCCGGUUGGACGUACUGGCAAAUUCUCUAAAACGACGGAGGCAGCUUAUGGUAGAGAAAUGAACAUUCAAUUCUCUGGCAACAUUCCUGCACAGUCAGAAUGCCAAUUGCACGCUCCCUCAAAACUUUAGACAUCUGUGGCAUUGUGACAAAACUACACAUUUUAGAGUGGCCUUUUAUUGUUCCCGGCACAAAAAAUGAAAGAUGGGACCAACACUUUACAUGUUGCAUUUAUAGUUUUGUUCAGUGUAAAAUAAUCAACUGAUACAUGACCAAUUUUACAAUGCUGCUAAGUGGGAAGGUCAUCUUUGUUCAUCUUGCUUGCACACUAUGGUCUUGGCUUAUCAUUUGACCUACACUGUUGUAAUUGAUUUGUUCAAUGAAGCAGUGAUAGACAUGACAAAGCUGUUGUGAGAUAUUUUUAAUGAAGAGCCUAGGUCCUGAAUAAGAACAAUAACAGAAACACUCAACUGUAUUUCUUCACAAUAUUGUGUAGUAGGGCUUGAGUCUGUGGCUCGUACUCACCUGCUUACAGCCGUGAUUCUUUGACAGGGUGUAUGAGGCUGAGAUUGAGGAGAUAGACGGCGAGAACGGAACGGCGGCCAUUACCUUCUUCGGCUACGGGAACGCAGAGGUGGUGCCACUGCAGAACCUCAAACCUGCUGAGGAGGGCAAGCAUUCUGAGGAGGACGGGAAACCCAAGUCAAGGUAGGAGAGUCAACGCUUAUGUUAAAUAUGUCCUGUGUAGUGUCAGGAGUUUUCCACGUUUCCAUGAUGCUGUUGCGAAAAGAAUUAUAACUUUGUGUGUGCGUGCCAUGACAGGAAAGAGCAGAUAGCAGACCAAAGGGAGUACAAGAAGAAGAAGGCCCAGAAGAAGGUGCUGAGGAUGAAGGAGCUGGAACAGGAGCGAGAAGACCAGAAAUCCAAGUGGCAAAGUUUCAACAACAAGGCCUACAACAAGAACAAGAAAGGACAGGUAACACAUGUUCAUCUACUUUACACACACAUCUUAACACUAGAAAAGCCGGGCCCCGUCAUUUUUGACCUCAACAUUCUAACAGUCGAAUAAAUACAUUUCAUAUAUGCUAUUGCAAAAAUAAUCAUUUGGUUGUGUUUAUGAACGUCUUGGGUAACAUUUUAGAAUCUGGAAAAAAAGGUUCUUCAAAAAAUACAAUAGCAUUUUCAUUAGUUUGUUACUGUAGGCUAUACGUAAAAACUAAAACACACCAAAAACACCACAAUUCAGUGUUAAAUCCAUCACAAAGAAAUCAAUCAUUGUUUCAUUUUGGUAGGUCUUAAGAAACAGUAUGACCCUAAGAAAAUCUAUUUCAAAAGAACAGAAUAGCAUAUUUUAAGGGGGGGUGAAGGGGGAGAUUACAUUUCCUCCCCAAACUGCUUAUAACACGAAAACUCUGUUUGUGAAAUAGAAAUUCUAACAACGUCAGUGUGUUAAAUAGACUUAGUUAGGAAAAUGUAAGGAUGGAUGAUUUAAAAAAUGGCAAAGCUAUUACAAUUUGAAAUUCAUGUGAAGUCAAAAUGACGGUCUCUGCGCUUCUAGCCUUAAACUAAGUAACAUUUAAUGUUUUUUGCACAUUUUCAGCCAUUGCUUUGUUGCAGGAGAGGUACCAUCACAAAUACUCUUACUGAGAUUUCCGUUGUGUGUUGCAGGUGAAGAGGAGUAUAUUUGCAUCGCCUGAGAGCGUAAACGGAAAGGUGGGUGUAGGAACAUGUGGCAUUGCAGACAAACCCAUGACCACAUAUCACGACACAUCCAAAUAUAACGUCAGGCAUCUCAUGCCACAGUGACCAAACAUGUUCUCUUGGUGUUAAAGUAUCCCAUUGUAUAGUAGGAGGAUCAGUGCUUACCAUUGUGUUUAUAUGGUUUAGAUUACCCAAGUAAAGGAGCUUUGAAACUAAUCGCUACUCACCAUUGGUUGGCUCAUUGGAAUAUUGUUCUUACCGGUAUGUCAUAUAGAACAGCAGAAUUCUUAAUAAAAUAAAUUACCCCUGUAAUGAAGCAGCACAAAUAAGUGUACUCAAGUGUUUAGAUUGUGGUGAAAUUAGUCUGGGUUGCUGUAUCUUUCUGAAUGCAACAAAGGCAAAAACUAUAAUAUGUGCAUGUUUCAAUGUUACACAUUUAUUAUAGCUUUUUCAGGGUGAACUGGACUAUAACAUUAUAGACAUUUUUACUUUUUACUCUUUAGUGGUAAUACGACUAUUUUUAAAGCAUCUCAGUUUUGUACAUUUACAGUAAAACAAAUUGUCAUUUUUGUUGAGGUAAGAUGUUCCUCUCAUUUUGCCCUGAAAUUCUGAAUAAGUUUCCAUAUUGGUACUGAAUGUUUAACAGUUCCUCCAGAUGACAGUAAUGUAUUUUGUACCAUCUUUGUUUCCAUGAUGUACAUCAAUGACCUUAUGUCACUGCUGGCGAUGUAAGCUUAUUUUUUUCUCAAUUAAAAUCAGGGAUGAGUUGUGUA